AUGGUUUCUCAUCUAAAAGGUGUUGCAAAAUCAACUAUGUCAGAUCAAAUACAUAAGGAGUUGUGUGAGUACAAGAGAGAUAAUCCUGCAAGCACACAAAAAGACUUGCAGAGAUGGCUUGAGGGAAAUUUUCAGUUGAAAGUUAGUCAAGGAACAAUAUCAAACACACUUAAAUGGUCAGAUGACUAUCUCUCUGCUGAAAUAGAAAAGGGAAGAGCAGAGAUCAAAAGACACAAACCAACAAAAAAUCAUGACAUGGAGAAGGUUGUUUAUGAGUGGUUUCUCCAACAUCAAGAACGAUGGCUUGGGAAAUUCAAGAACCGACAUGGCAUAAAGUCAUUUCAUCGUUUUGGCGAGAGUGGGUCUGUUGAUGUACAAGACAUGGAGUAG